AUGCGUCCAACCCUUGUGAGACUUGUGAAACCACGUCGUCCAGAGAGAAAUACUUCCCCGAUACUUCCACCGCUUCCAUUAUACCGAGCAAUCUUACGAGCCCAUCACAGGAAGUUACCGCAAGAGUUGCGUUACUUAGGUGACCAAUAUGUGAAAAAGGAAUUCAAGGACCAUAAAAAGAUCGACAACCCCCUACACAUUGUUGGGUUUUUAACUGAAUGGCAAGACUACUUGAAGCAGAUUGAUGGCGGGUCAUGGCUGCAUGGAAAGUUGAGUAAGGACGAUCUCGACAAGAUGUCCCCUGAACAAAUCGGUCAACUACACGAAUUGAUGGAGGCAACAAAGAAAAUCGGAAAAGAAAGUAUAGAAUAA